UUCAGAAUGAGGGAGAUCGUGCAUCUGCAGGCUGGACAAUGCGGAAACCAGAUCGGUGCAAAGUUCUGGGAAGUGAUCUCGGAGGAGCAUGGCAUCGAUCAAUCGGGCAUUUAUCACGGAGACAGCGAUCUGCAGUUGGAGCGAAUUUCCGUCUACUAUAACGAGGCUUCUGUCGCGACCUCGACGAAUGGUGGAAAGUACGUGCCUCGGGCCAUCCUCCUCGACCUGGAGCCAGGCACGAUGGACGCGGUCCGAUCCGGCGCCUACGGGAAACUCUUCCGACCGGACAAUUUCGUGUUCGGGCAAUCAGGAGCGGGCAACAACUGGGCGAAAGGACACUACACCGAGGGUGCCGAACUGGUCGACUCCGUUUUGGACGUGGUGAGGAAGGAGUGCGAGAACUGCGACUGCCUGCAAGGCUUUCAGCUGACUCACUCUUUGGGCGGUGGCACCGGAUCCGGCAUGGGCACGCUGCUCAUCUCCAAGAUUCGCGAGGAGUACCCGGACCGAAUAAUGAACACGUACUCGGUGAUGCCGUCGCCGAAGGUGUCCGACACCGUGGUCGAGCCGUACAACGCGACCCUCUCCGUCCACCAGCUGGUCGAGAACACCGACGAGACCUACUGCAUCGACAACGAGGCUCUCUACGACAUCUGCUUCCGCACCCUCAAGGUUUCCAAUCCGAGCUACGGAGACUUGAAUCAUCUGGUCUCGCUCACCAUGUCAGGCGUGACCACUUGCCUCAGGUUUCCCGGUCAAUUGAACGCGGAUUUGCGAAAGUUAGCCGUCAACAUGGUCCCCUUCCCUCGCCUCCACUUUUUCAUGCCCGGCUUUGCCCCGUUAACAUCUAGGUCCAUGCAACAGUAUUCGGCCCUCUCCGUGCCGGAACUCACCCAGCAGAUGUUCGACGCGAAGAACAUGAUGGCCGCCUGUGAUCCUCGCCACGGAAGGUACCUGACCGUGGCCGCCGUGUUCCGCGGCAGAAUGUCGAUGAAAGAGGUCGACGAGCAAAUGCUCAGCGUGCAGAACAAGAACAGCUCCUACUUCGUCGAAUGGAUCCCGAACAACGUGAAGACAGCCGUCUGCGACAUCCCGCCCAAGGGCCUGAAAAUGUCCUCCACCUUCAUCGGCAACACCACCGCCAUUCAAGAGCUGUUCAAGCGGAUCUCCGAACAGUUCACCGCCAUGUUCCGGCGGAAAGCCUUCUUGCACUGGUACACCGGCGAGGGCAUGGACGAGAUGGAGUUCACCGAGGCCGAGUCGAACAUGAACGAUCUGGUAUCGGAGUACCAACAGUACCAGGAGGCCACCGCCGAGGAGGAUUUCGAAGCCGAAGAAUGCGCCGACGAUUUCGAGACCUGCGAGCAGGAGUGAAUCCAU